AUGGGGUCGCAGCUAGAUCAGGCUGACGCCUCCAACGUCGAGCUCUCGGGCUUCCGGUUCCGCCUCGCCGCUGGCCUUUUUUCCCACAUACUCGAGCGCCUCAAGACGACGAAGCGUGAGGGCUGGCGCCGGUUCGACAUCAACAGGUUAGAUAUCCUUGUUCGCCCCUGGGCAGCGACGGCGGUACCCUCGUUUGCAUUUCCUCCUUGCAGGGGCGAGUCCGUUUCCGACCACAUGUACCGCAUGUCCAUGAUAUGCAUGUUUCCGCCACCAUCCCUGGCAACACGACUCGACAUGGAAAAGUGCAUCAAGAUGUGCCUGGUUCACGACAUGGCCGAGCUUCUAGUCGGCGACAUCACGCCCAUCCACGGCGUUGCGAGGAUCAUGGUCGAGCUCACCGGCAAAUCGGACCGCAAUAUGGAAUGGGGCAUUCCUGGAAGAAUACCUGCUCAUGCGAGCCGUUGUCUCUUAUUUUGCGACUAG